AUGCCGCUUUCAUCUUCUGCCCACGCCAGUAUUGACUGUGCUCCGCUCGCCCUCCUCCCCCCUCCCACCAGUGGCAUGGUGGACAACUACCUGGUGGAGUCGGUGCCGGCGAUGGCCAGCCAGGUGCGCAUCUUGGACGUGGGAUACAACUUCCUCACGGACGUCCCAGCAGUCACCUACACCUUCUGUGGCGGAACCAACAACUGCCUCCUCACGCCCUCCAAGUGCACCAACUCCGGGACCACUCAGAGGCCCGCCGCGGACUGUGCCAUCUGCGGCACCACCAAUGGCGUCGGGCCCUUUUGCUGGGGGGCGGGAGGAGUGUGCACGGCGAACGCGUCCAUUGCCAUGGCUGCCAGCACUGUCAACGUGCUGGCGCAGCCUUCUCUUCCUUUGGCGUGCAUGGGCGGCACAACAGUGCCCAUGAAGGAGAGCGCAAGUGUGCAUUUGCCGAUGGGCAAUGGGCACCAAGCAACUACUCCCUGUUUGCCCGCCACUCUCUCUCCACCAGCCAUGCUGACACUGAAGCCGUCACUGGGCGUGACGUUCAACAACUGGGCGGCCACUGUGUCAUGCGCGCUCAAGGGCAUGACGCCCUCCAUGCCCACGUGGUCCAAGGUGGUGUGCAACGACAGCGGCAACGUCGUGAGCAUGUGA